GGCAAAACCUGAACAGUCACGUCAGUGGUCAGACGAGGCUUCAUCAUUUACGGCUCAUCCCCUACAUUAGGCAAAUCUCCAUAAGCCCGUCGCGGAAAUGCCCCCUCUGUUACUUGACACUUGCCUUGGCGAAUCUCGUCCCAUCACUAGUCGACACGCAACAUGAACAGUCAAGGACGCUGAAGGCGAAGACGACUGGUUAGAAGGAUGUUGGAGCCUGCAGUACUGCUGCUUCUCCUGCUGGGGGCGAUACAGCCACAAUCAUCUGAGGCAGAAAUCAGUAGGGGUUUGAAUUUCCUGGUGGUUUUUCCAGAGAAUGUGGCCUACUUUUACCCCGAAGGCCCUCAGAACCAGGUGCAGGUGACUGCUCUGUACCGCGACACCCACGUCACUGUUAACAUAUCCAGCCAAGUCCAGAGUCGGACUCUGAGCGCCGCUGAGACUCAGCGCUUCUUCUUCUACCGCCAAGACGAGCUGCGCCGGAAGCAUGUGUCCAACAGGGUGGUCCAGGUGAGCAGCACCAAGGUCAUCGUGGUCCAAGCCCUCAGCCUCAAGGCCGACAGCGUCCAGAGCGCUCUGGUUCUGCCCACAGAGAGACUAGGCACUGAUUACCUCAUCCCGCCGAUACCCAGAAUCCAAGGCACCACUGAUCCGGCCGACGCAGUCAGCGUCAACGUGACGGAGCGAGGCCCCUUCAGGCUUGUCGUCGUCAACGCGGACAAACAAAACAAAGUCAUGCUGGAAGGUGAUGUCAUCGCAGAGUCAGAGCUGGAGCCGUAUCACGCCGCUCAGUUUUGGCUGACGGUCGACGACGCCUGGACGGUCCUGAGGGUCCAACAUCCGGCGGCGGUGCUGUUCAGUCACACUUGUGCCAUGAUUCACAAUUGUAGCUGCUCUUUGCUGUACGCCACGCUGCCGCCUGCCACACAGCAGAGGAAGACUUUCUUCAUCCCCAUGGCGCUCUCCCGGAACCAAACCUCUCUGUUUCUGUCCCAAGAAGAACUGUCCACAAUAGAGGACUUAGACCCAGACACCCCUCUGGUGGAGAUCACUGGAAACGCCCUCCUCCACCGGCCUGGCAUGCUCCUCCCACUCAUCCCGGAGGCUGACUUUGCUUCCUGUUACGUCGUCACCGCCAUUCCAAGCAUUCAGAACUCUGCAGUGAUCGUGGUCCACAAGGACCUCACUGACGGAGUCCAUGUUGGCAGAGAUGCUGCAGAGAACGCCGCGUGGGAGCAGCUAAAGGGGACGGAUCACGUCUCCACAGUUGUUGAGUUGACGUCGGAUACCGCCAUCUGGCACAGUUCCCAUAAAAUUGCCGUCUACUACAUGGGAGAGAGGGGCGGUGCUCUGUUUGGAAAUCCGGCGCCUGCCGUCAGUCAGACCUCAGCAGAUCCCAGAGGCUGCGUCCUGUCACCUGACAUUCUAGAAGUCGGCCAAGAGGCGGUAAGCUGGCAGGAGUCCGUCAAGUACUGCCGAGGCAAAAACCUGCAGCUGGUCAGCUUGUCCACGCUACCGCUGCAGAACUACGUCCACGCUAAAGUCCAGCAGUUACAAGACGUUGACCUUAGGCGGGCGUGGAUCGGCUUGCGUCGUAGCUGGCUGACUGGAGAGUGGUACUGGCUCAACAUGGCGCCAGUCACCGUCACCAGCUGGAAGGGAGCGCAGCCCAGCGGCGCACAGGGCAGCCAGUGUGGGACCGUGAGUCUAGAACCGGGUCAGGACUUUAGCUGGAACGAUGAAGACUGUUGCCAACCAGUCCGUCCCAUUUGCUACCGUGGACCGGUUCUCUUCCCCGUGGAGUAGAUCUCAUGCUAGUGUGUAUGUGUAUGUGUAUGCGUGUGUGUGUGUGUGAUACC